AUGUCAGAACGUUUUUCUGAUGUGAUUUUUCUUAUUUCUCCGCUUUUUGAUGCGCGUUUCAAAUUGUUGUGGCUCGAUAGUCUUCAUACUCUUGUAAAACUGCGCAUUGUUGAAAAGAUUCGUGAUGCUUAUGUUCGUUAUUAUUCUAAACUAAAUUUUUCUGUGCUGCAGAAUGCUGGAGCCGAUGUGCUGAACACAAUUGAACAUAAUAUUGAUGUUAUGGCAAAAAAUACAGACUCACUUACUAAACGAAAAUGUCUUUUCCCAUAUUUGAAGAAAAACAAAAAAAUUCCGAAUGAAUAUAAAUCAAGAAUUCUGAUUGAACUUGAUGCCUAUUUAUGUGAAGAAAGUCGUGAACAAAAUUUACUUUUUAUCGAAAAACAUUUGUAUCCUUGUUUAUAUCAACUUAGUUUAAAAUAUUUGUCAGUGCCAUCGACAUCGGCUCCCAUUGAGUGA